UGUUGUGCAAAAGGUUUAGGUCCAUAAGACGCCAGAGAGAUCCCCUCUCUAUAUCUCCGUUGCCACUUACCAGAACCACAACUGGUUGGGUUCGGCUUUUGUUUAUUUUCAAUUUAAAAUAGUCGUCUUAGUCAAUAAUAAUAAUAGAUUGCUGGCGGAUUGAUCGGGAAGUAUGGGCGGGGAAAAAGCAGCGGAGGCGCAGUACGUGACGGCUAAGACUUCGGUCUGGUGGGAUAUAGAGAAUUGCCAAGUACCUAGAGAAUGCGACCCACAUGCCAUAGCCCAGAAUAUAAGCUCCGCCUUAGUCAAGAUGAAUUAUUGUGGGCCAGUUUCUAUCUCUGCUUAUGGUGAUACCAACCGGAUUCACUCUGCCGUCCAGCAAGCUCUGUCCAGUACCGGCAUCGCACUCAAUCAUGUCCCUGCUGGUGUUAAGGAUGCCAGUGACAAAAAGAUUCUUGUGGAUAUGUUGUUCUGGGCAGUGGACAAUCCUGCACCUGCUAAUUAUUUGUUAAUAUCUGGUGAUCGGGACUUUUCUAAUGCUCUCCAUCAGCUGCGGAUGAGAAGAUACAAUAUUCUUCUAGCACAGCCUCAAAGAGCAUCUGCACCCCUCAUUGCAGCUGCUAGGAGUGUAUGGCUUUGGACAAGUCUUCUAGCUGGAGGACCUCCAUUAUCAGAGGGUGAAUCACAACAACUUGGUAAUAAUAGUUAUACAUCAAGUUCAGACACUUUACAGAUUCCAGUUUCUGAUGCCAUUCAGAUAAAGCCAGCGAUAGAUUACUAUACUGAAAAUCCCCACAUGGGAAAUCAGAGAAUUCCUUAUAGUACUAAACAGAAAGGGAAAACCACACGAAGAAACUCGAGUCAAACAAAUGGACCAAAAACAUCAAAUGUUCCUGUUUGGAGCCAAGAAGAGCAGCAUGAUUCAAACUCUUACCAACCUGGUUCUUCUGUGCCAAAAGUUCCCUUAAGUGGACCUGCUCCAGAUUUCAUUCCUGGAAAUCCUAACUUUACUUGGAGUGAGGUCACUCAUGUUCAUGGUAACCAUCAAAAUCAUUAUACGCCACCAUUAAGGCCAAAAGCUCCAGCUAUGCAACCUGAUUUUGUAGCAUGUAAUUUCUAUCCACCUAAUCUUCAAAACCAUGGUCCGACUCCCAAUGGGACUGCCUUUACCUCAGCGCCGCUUACAAGUGUGCCUGAUAUUGGUAACUCAAAUAUUUCUGGAUACCCUACCAACUUUCACAACCCUCCAAUUGCUCAAAGGCGAAAUGGAGAGCAAAAACAUGAUCAAAAGAAAAAAGCUCCAAAGUCUGUAAACUUAAAUAACUCACAAAAUGGACAUAAGACACAAAAGAUGCCAUCAGGAUACCAUGAGAAAAUGAAGAAUAGCUACCAUAAUGGUCCAGAAUAUUCUCCACCAUCUUCAUCAUCAAUGGUCACCAAUGUUUCUCCUGUUAAUGUUAUAUGGGGAACUCCAGGAUGCCCACAACCUUCAGAAUUUGUCCAAGGCCUUAUAGGAGUUAUAUUACUUGCCUUGAACACCCUUAAAAGUGAAAAGAUAAUGCCGACUGAAGCAAAUAUAGCUGAUUGCAUUCGAUAUGGAGAUCCUAAACAUUGCAAUACUGACAUUAAGAAGGCUCUUGACAGUGCUAUUGAGCAGCAGAUAGUCGUGAAACAGAACUUAGGAGCUUUGCAGUUGUAUGUUGGUAAGAAUGAGAAACUAUGGAAAUGCGUGAACCCUAUAGGCGGUAACAUUAAGGAAUAUCCAAAAGCAAAAUGGGAUGAAAUUCAGAAAUUUCUGGCAUCUCCAGCUGGACGAUCUGCAAUUCUUUCUUCUCACUGCAGGUAUGAAGCUGCUACUAUAUUAAAGAGUAUGUGCUUGAAAGAACUUGCUUUGGGUAAUAUACUACAAAUCUUAAACAUGGCAAUUGCCACAAAGAAAUGGAUUAUACACCAUCCAUCUGGAUGGCAACCACUUACCAUUACUGUUUCAGAGGCCAACACUGAUUUUUGGUUGGCAGCAGAUACAGGAGGGGGGAGUUGGGAAUGAUUGGUUAAGAGCAACGACAGUAGAGCCUUUAAAGGGGGGAGUUGGUGGUUUUGGUAGGAAUAGUGGUCCUUGUUUUAGUUUCUCAUUACUGGUAAAGGUCUAAAGUUAUAUCUUGAGGAAGAUGCUUAAAGAUUUACUUGGGGCCAUUAGACAACCUUAAUUAGGUCAUAAUGCCAUACAAUUUUCAGAGGUUGCAGGGAUGCUAGUUGCCAAUUUAUCUUCUUUUUGCAUUCAGGAUCUACCCUGCAAUAUCCAGGUACUGCAAUGAUGGCCCUUAGUCAUUUCUCUAUCUCCUCUUACAACUUCAUGGUUUUGCUGGGGUUUACUUUAUUAGGUAUCAGAUAUCCAAAGAAAUAUUGCUGGAAAUAUUUAUUUUCCCCAGCAUAUGGAUUCUUUAGCUGGUUAUUUGAUCAUCCACUAGCCCUUUUAGCAUUGUGCUAAGAGGGAUUAAAUUCAUAAUUUAUUGCCUCAAACCAUCCCUGUAGAUGGUGUCCUUAAUGACUCCAACCAAGUUGUACAUGAUCGAAAAUUGGACUGAAAUUGGUUAUACGCUCGAAGAUGAAUCUGGAAACUUGACUAACUCGUGGAAACAGAAGAUGCAAGUUAUAUGAUUGAAAAGCAUGAGGUUACACAUCAAUGAGUUGUAUAACUUAAGAAAUUAUGUAUAGUUGAGAGCAUUUUUACUGAAACCAACGCAUCCCUAGUGAGAAUGAUCAUUUCAGAUGAAAGAAGUAAGAUAGGAAUUGAGAACCCAAGCAAAUGAUGGUUUGUGCAGUGGACAUACGAUGCAAUGAUUAUCUUAGUCCAGUGUGGAUUGAUUUGGUCAUUGAGGUAGUGAUAUGUUCUUGUAACAGCUUUUGACAGUUAGGCUAUGUUUGAUGAGCCGUACUGGAAUGUAAUGCAAUGUAAUCAAAGGCAUUUCUAGUAUAAUUACGCUAGGAAAUGCCGUGAUUAUGUAUUAUAUUACGUUCCAUUGUGGUCCAUCAAACAUGGCCUUCGGCUUUUUAUCUUUCUACUGUUAUUAAAGAUGUAUGUAUAAACCUCUAGAGCAUGAGGUGACGUAUGUUAUAGAGAAGCUCUAUGCAUUUUCUUGUAUCUGCUACCCUACUAGUUUUUAGGAUUGUACAACGUGUUCUUUAUUUGAAUAAAGUAAUAUAUAAGCUCCUUUUCUUCUGACUUA